AUGACCAAGGAGGAGGGGCAGGGCUCGGAACAGCUUCCUGCACCAAUAUGCAUCCCAGGCCCUGGGGACAAGAUCUUACAGGAUUUUCAGAUCCUGGUGCAGAAGGUGGGGGGGAGGCCCGAGGUCCUUCUCAUUGGGGAGACCCUGGAAGGCAGGGACAUCCAUAAGAUGAUGGCCUCUUUUGUUAAGGACUUGUUCUCUUCCUCCUGUCACUCGGUCCACCCUGCCGAUGCUUUGAAAGAGCCUUGUGUCACCUGCCCUUUUGGUGGCAAGCAAUGCCAGCUCAUCUUCUUUCUGUGCCGUGCCUCCUGCAUAAAGGGCAAGGAGACCGAACUGCGGAAAGUUUUGCAACAGGUGAAGAAGUACGUCCAGAAAUCCCCCUGCGCCUUAGUGGGAAUCAUUAUGGAACCCAAGAGAGGGGAGGCCGAGGAAGCCCGUGCCCACCUGCUUCGACUGUUGCGGGGCAUCUUCCCAAAGGCUUCACCACAGAAACGGGGCAAACAGCCGGCUGUCAAAGGAAAUCAGGAUCAGGCAGGACCAUUGGAAUUGGAAGAUGUGGAGAUAGAAGCAGAGGUCUAUGUACCAGGUUAUCCCCGGGGUAACUUGGCCAUCAUGAAGGCAGCAUGUCGUGCUUCGGAAGCCCUGAGCAGAGGUUUGCCGGAGGAGGUCACUAAGGAUCCCCUACUACCCGUUGCAGGUUCUUCCUGGACUGUCAUCGUCAUCAGAGGGAUUUUGGCAACUGCGUGCAUCAUUGGCAUGGCAUCUGCUGCAGGAUGGUACCUCUACCAACAAGGCAUGAUCCCACCUGAAAUGAUUCCUGCAGAACUGCUUGCUUUCCUUUGAGAUCCUGAAUUCAUCUGGAUUCUAAGCUGUCCUGC